AUGACUCCUGGUUCAACGCCGGCUAAGUUCCCCACGAAAUUGCGCCGAAACACUCCUCGGACCAAGACCGGAUGCCUCACGUGUCGUCAGCGAAAAAAGAAAUGCGACGAAGCCAAGCCACGUUGUUCCGGCUGCAGUCGAAACGAGCUCGAGUGCACGUGGUCAGAGAAGACGCUUGUCAUCCACCCCCGUCGUGACAGUGGCAACGAAUCGGACUCUCCACAGGCGCAUGCCGGGGGCACAGCCCUGGUCCAUGUUGCCGCGAACGCCGAUCCUCUCACUGCCAUGACAUGGUCCGAGGCCUCAGGUUCCUUCAUGAGCCCCCACAGGGCCGCGCUCCUUACCUCGAAAUCCAGCCAGAUGCUGAAGCACUAUAUUUUUGCCUCUAGCACGCUACUCUCCUUCGCGAGCCCAGAGAACAACCCUUACGUCUCGGUCGUGCUGCCACUGGCAUAUGUCGACGACCUGCUUAUGCACUGCGUCACCGCCAUAGGGGGCGCGCUUUUGUCGUGCAGACACCCGGAAAGCGUCGAUCUCCAGACCGCGACGCAUCAUCAUUACUCCUGUGUCUUGCAGGGGCUGCAGGCUAGCUUGCGUGACUUGCAACCCCGACACAUCAACAAGGUUCUGCGGAUCUUACUUGUUCUCGCAAUGUUGUCGACUUUUGAAGGCGUCUCGAUCAGCUGCGCCGACGGAGGCGUAUUCUCACACCUUAGGGCUAGUCGACAGCUCAUUAUGUGGCUAUUAGACGAGCAAUACCGGCCGACGGCCGAGGAUAGUGAGGGUGUCUUCGGGUUCGUCUUGGAGAUAUACGCCUACUCAGUCUUGGUCAAUGAGAUCUGCCCGCACGGCCUUUUGGAGAAUCGAGCGGUUGUCCACGACGAGUUCAUCUUGUCCCUAGAGCUCCUAAGUGGAUGUAGGACAUCCGGGGUGGUGUUCUUUGGUUACCAUCUCCUGUUGGGGAUGAUACCCGAGAUUGCACAGCUAGCAGGCCGACGGGUCCAGGAAGGGGAAACAGACCCGUCAGAAAAUGAUGAGUCUUGUUACGCCGAGCUGGACUCGAGAAUCCGAGGGUGGCAGAACCCUGGGUUUCCAUUGGACAACCCAAGUGCCCAAACAACAACACAACACAACGCCAUGGGAGAGGUAUACAGACAUGCACUUUGGAUUUUCCUGGAGACAGCGAUGAAUGGAAGCUCCAUCCCGAACCAGGGGCUGAGAGACAAGAUCGGACCACAUCUAGAAUCGAUGGCGUCUCAGCUGCUGGGGUACCAACUCCCUACCUCCCGCGUCGCGCCGAUGCUGCUGUGGCCCAUCAUCAUAGCUGGCUCGAUAGUCCUCGAAGACUUCGGGCGUAUUUUGCUAUCAGAGGGGUUGAGGAAUACGCCGUAUUUGGCGUGGAGCUCCAUUCGAGCGGCCGAGCUUCUGGAACUGCUCUGGGCGGACGAUGAUCCCAGGGCCUACGGCCCAUACGGGCUAUAUCUGGUGAUGAAGAAGCACAACAUCAAUUUUUGCGUGUCUUGA